CAGGGAUGUGAUUCUUGGUCUUUUCUAAAAACCCUUGUUUUUCUUCUUCUCCUUCCCUUGUUAUGAUAGUCAAGAGGUCCUGGAAAUUCAAGCAAGUUUGGUUUUUUUAUUUAUUUGCUUUCAGUCAUGUGAUUUCGUGACAAAGUUUUAAUUUUUAACAUUUGGGUUCUUAGAUUAAGAUUUCAAUGGCUAAUUUGUCCGAGCCAUCAUCUUCAUUGAGCUUCAGUUCAUCGUCUCAUCUCUCAAAUGGCUCAAUCACUCACAACAUCCCUUCACUUCCCCUUCCCGAAACCUGUGCAAACCUCGAAGUUGUAAGCUUGACCAAGCUUAGCUCAAGCUUAGAGCACCUUAUUUCAGACGAUUCCCCCCCUUUUAGCGACGCAGAGGUAGUCGUUGAAGGUGUUUCAGUGGGUGUCCAUAGAUGUAUUCUAGCUGUUCGAAGCAAGUUCUUCAAUGAACUGUUCAAGAAAGGGAAUGGGUCUGGGGAAGAAGAAGAAGAUGCGGGGAAGAAGAAACCGAGCUACAAGAUGAGCGAUUUCUUGCCUUAUGGCAAGAUUGGGGUUGAAGCUUUUCAGGUCUUGUUGAGUUAUUUGUAUACAGGGAAGCUCAAGGCUUCUCCCAUGGAGGUUUCCACUUGUGUUGACACUGCUUGUGCACACGAUGCUUGUCUGCCCGCCAUUAAUUUUUCCGUCGAGUUGAUGUAUGCAUCGUCGAUGUUUCAAGUGCCUGAGAUGGUUUCACUUUUUCAGCGACGGCUUCUUAAUUUUGUUGAUAAGGCUCUGGUAGAGGAUAUUAUUCCGAUACUUGAGGUUGCUUUCCAUUGCCAGUGUAGCCAGCUUGUUUCGCAAUGUGUCGAUAGGGUGACGAGGUCGGAUCUCAAUAGCAUCUCCAUCGAGAACGAGCUUCCCUACGAGGUUGCGGAGAGUAUUCGGAUUCUCCGCUGCAAGCCUCCACCUGAAGGGGAAGAUGAGGAGGCAGCUGUUGUCGAUCCUACCAGAGAGAAAAGAAUCCGGAGAAUACACAAAGCGUUGGAAUCGGACGAUUUCGAACUCGUUAAACUACUUUUAAGGGAGUCGGACAUAACUUUGGAUGAUGCCGCUGCCCUCCAUUACGCAGCUGCGUAUUGUGAUCCCAAGAUCGUUUCCGAGAUCCUCGCCCUGGGCCUGGCCGAUGUCAAUCAACGGAAUUCUUGUGGUUAUACCGUUCUUCACGUGGCUGCAAUGCGGAAAGAACCGUCGGUGAUAAUGUCGUUUCUAGCGAAGGGGGCAUUGGCUUCGGAACUGACGUGGGAUGGACGGAGCGCUUUUAACAUCUGCCAGAGGUCGACGAGACCGAAGGAUUAUCACGCGAAAACAGAGCAGGGAAAGGAAACGAAUAAAGAUCGGAUAUGCAUCGACGUUUUAGAGAGGGAAAUGAGGAGAAAUCCGAUGGCUGGAGAUGUUUCCAUGACGUUGCAUACAUUGGCCGAUGACAUGCACAUGCAACUUCUGUACCUAGAGAACCGAGUCGCGUUCGCGAGGUUACUUUUCCCGAGUGAAGCAAAACUUGCCAUGGACAUAGCACAUGCUGAAAGAACCUCAGAGUUUUCCGGCCUCUCAUCAAAGGGUUUGAAUUCGAAUGGGAACUUAAGUCGGGUGGACUUGAAUGAGACGCCCGUGAUGCAGAAGAAGAGACUUUUUGCAAGGAUGGAGGCCCUUAUGAAAACAGUCGAAAUGGGCCGGCGUUAUUUCCCGCAUUGCUCGGAAGUGCUAGACAAGUUCAUGGAAGACGACCUUCCCGAUUUGUUUUACCUCGAGCGCGGCUCUCUGGAGGAGCAGAAGUUAAAGAGCUCGCGUUUCAGGGAGCUGAAGGAGGAUGUUCAGAAAGCAUUUAACAAAGACAAGGCCGACUUUAACCGCAACGGAUCGACUUCGUCUUCGUCGUCUUAGUUAAAAGACCGCAGACCGUAUAAGCUCCGGAAAUUAUGAAGAAAUGUGGGUGUAUUCGUGAGAUUAAAGCUUAAGAAACCAUUAAAAUGUCAGUAGUGGUCUUGAGAAGUUGGAUUGCAUUAG